AUGUCGCCGUACGCAGAAUGCGACUCGUUAAGUCGCUUCGAAUUUAAGAGACAGCUUCUAAAUAUCCAGUGGCGGCGUGCGCAUGCGUCGGGAGAUCUGUAUCGCGCGCACAAUACCGCGACCGGCCGUCACGACGACGCAUCUUCGCAAUAUACAUACAAUGUCGCAUUAAAAUGCACGAUAGGAUUGGCCGGUGAUACUGGGCGGGAUGCAGACCAUAUACGCGCUCGUCGUGAUGCACAUAUUAAGUUAGGCCUCUACAUGGACGCCAUCGGAUACCGGAGAGGAAUUACGAUAGUCACCGAUGACGUCUCCGGUCGUGAGUGUCCCUUCGGUAGUGAGAGCACAAUGGGCGCGCCCGAAUGA